AUGCCGCCGAAGCGCAAGAACAAAUCAACAAAGACAUCGACCACCGUAUCGCUGAAGACACUUCCAGCCAAUACGGCUAGUUCCCCUAAGCGAAGAAAUAGUGCAGGUUUCCCUGGACAGAAGAUGUCGCGUCUUCAUCCUUCAGAACCUCUCCAUAUGAAAACCCGACGAGCUGUCAAAACGGCUUCAAACCAAGAUAGCUCUGGUGCUCCAUCAAUCGCUAGCUCCAGCAGUCGACGGAGCUCACUUAACGACUUGUCGCGUUCCGAAGAUGGCCACUCGGAGAUCGAGGAUGAGCGUCCAACCAAGCGCAACCGACUUUCAACCGAUUCAGUUACAGACUCCUUUGCAGAUCAAGUCGAUGGCGCGCUGAAUGCAAUUAACGCUAAUGCGCCCGAUUCUUCCAUGUCAACUGCGCGCGAUGCGACUGAUGGCUCUAAAGUUUCGCCCAAGAAGAGGCGCGCAUCGGAUGCGUCCUUCGAGUCAGGCAAAUCACGCGCAAAUGGUGUUCUUACCCGGACCCAGAGCGACACUUCCGAACAGCAACCGCGCAGGAAGAAACGAAGAACUACCACUCAGACGCCCGCGGAGACAGACCAACUACCUGAAUUGACAGAUGCAUCUACUGCGCCGAAUUCACCCGAGCAGAUUCCAGAAGUCGAGAACAGCCAGAAUCUGCAUCAUGUCCUGCCCACAAAUGGCGAUGCACCUGUUAAGAUGGGAAGGCGACUGCCUGGACGUCGACGUGCACCUCAUCCCGACAUCAACGUCGAAGUAGACCUGCGACGUCAACUCAAUCUAAAGAUGAGCUACCGCAGCCUUGCUAAGAUCCAGAAGAACAUCCUAGAUGAGCUUUCAAACCGCACAACCACGUCACUGGAUGACGACCCUCAAUUCCACAAGCAAUGUCCUGAAUAUGAGCCUCUUAUGGCCUCUCUCGACCAGUACAAGCAAAGCCGGCUCGAUUCGGUUCAUGCGCUGCGGAGAGAGAAGCUUGCACAGCUCGAACGCGUGGUCGAAGCCGAAAGGCAUAUUGCGAAAGAGAAGUACAUCCAACGAUUCUACGACCUCCAAGAAGAUCUGCUUCUACAAUGUUUUCAUCGAGCGAAACAACUGCAAAGAGAGUCUAGAAAGAGCCAAGAUGGAGCAGGCACCGAGGACGAAGACAAUGUUCUUCCACCUGCUCGUUUCGCUUUCCCGCCAUUGCAUAGAGAUGAUCGUGUUGGGUCGAAGUUUGCUUCCCGUAGCAGAGCUUAUGUUGAGUCCGAACACCUUCUUGACGAAGAACUUCGUCGCGCGCAAUUUGGUGGCUCACUGAGAGAUUUCAUUCUUGAGGAUGAGGAUGCAGACGAUUCCAUACUCGAAGCUCCUACUCCUGUUGGCUUUGCAACUUUCACUGGUCCAGAUAGAGCUGAAGCCAUUGCUCAUCAAAAGAUCAAAGAUCUAAUUGAUGCAGCCAAUGAUAUUGAGAACACACCAGUUGCGCCCCCGGCACCUGCGGUCAUUCCCAACGAACAGGCCGAUGCUUUGUUCAUGCUUGCGUCGCUAUCAGCAGAUGCAUCCCGCAGCACUAUCGAAGAGAAAGCGCAACAACCCGACCGCGAGGCUCCGGUCGCUACGGUCAGUCAACAAGCAGCUUCAAUUGGGGCAGCCCAAGCAAUGUUGCCAGUGAAGCAGCCUGCUGGGCCGUUUGCUGCAGUCUUGAACCCUGUGUCCAAGAAGGCGGAUGUUGUAGCACAGCGGAAACCUGCCGGGGUCACGGACGCCAUACAAUAUGCCAUCCAGCCUGUAAAAGACCAAAUUGCGCCAGCAAAACAGCCGCCAGCUCGAUCAACCCAUCGCAUUAUGGACAUGCUCAAUAAUGAUUCAGACAUCCCGCCUGCAACCUCGCGUUUUCCACCAGCAGCCUCAGUAGAACAGACACCUGCUGAUGUGACCUUGCACCGCAUAAGCGCAAGUCAAGGUCCUACGCCCUCACGAAGUGGAUUGUUCGGACUGUCUUCGAUUAUGCACCAACACGAUGUACAACAAGAGCGAUCAACCCCGACAGCCCCAAGAGAAACGAUGCCUUCACGAGAGGCAUAUUCUUCCCCUGCAUCGAUGCGAGGGUACCCUGACCUGCCCUCAAAAAGGUCCGGCUCCAUACGACAGAUGAGCCUCGAAGAGCUACGUAGACGAGAUCCUCUGCAUAUGCUCCGCGACAUGCUCAGCUCCAAGAGUAAGCCUAAUGAGAAGCAUGUUGCGAGUCACCGUCCAGAGAGCUCAAUAUUCGCUCCCCGAGAGCGGGCCCAGAUGACAGCUCCACCUCUACUCUCAAGGCCGUUCAGUCCCUCGGGUACAGCUGAGAAAGCAGACCAAUCAAAGGAGACACGCAGGGCUUCGAGCGCAUACAAUGCGUCACCAUCGACAGCGCCCCUAUCGUACCAACAGUCGCCUAGUGCAGCACCCGCAUAUCUCCCGCGACAAAGCUCUCAAGAUCCAGGAUCAUCACAUUGGGAGCGUGAUAGGCGGUUGAGCGGCUCCCAAGCCCAGCAACCUCCAACACAGCCUUUUUCAGCUAGUCCACAAAGCAAACCAGUACCUCCGCACCAGAGUCCCUUCUCGGCACCCAGUGCCCCCGCGCCGGCUCCGACUCAGCUUCCCUCCAUCAGCCAAACUCUCCCUUCGAAAUCUUCCGAUAGGCAGUCAAACCCUCCUAUGAACUUUCGCUUCGCGCACUAUGAUCCCGUGCCACCAAGGCCAUAUCAAAAUCACAACCCUCAAUCAGGCUACCCACAAGCAUCCCAAGCACCACCUCCAGCGCCACCGCCCCAAACACAAUAUACACCCAGCUACAACGGCCACAAUGGCCCGUCCCACCAAGGAGGCUACGUCCCACCGCCAGGCAGUUUCCAAGCACCGCCUCCUCCAACCACAUCGACCAACGCCUCUACCCCGUAUCCGCCACUGAAGAUCCACCAAUAUGGCGGCCAGCCCAUCCUUCCCGCAAACAUGGCACCGCCGCCUCCACACACGCAGCCGCCCAGCAUGACAUUCAUAGGCCAAGCGGCGCAGCAGUCCGCGUACUCUCCGCCACAGCACCACGCGGCUCCGCACCAGCAGCAGCAACUGAAUACACCGUACGACGCGAAUGCCCCGAGAGAUCAGCCAGCCGAGCGGGCGGCUGAGCCUGGGUCCGGCCCUGUGAGACAGCCACGGAGGCCGUAUAGGUCGUACCACGCGCCUGGGUCGCAGUUCCGGCCGUAUACGGGACCGGAUUCGUCGCGGCGACGGGGCGGGUAG